GCACCAUUCAUUGCCCACUCUGGGCUUCCGCCGGCGCAUAUGUAACGCAUGCGACUAGUCCGCGUCAGUAGCGCUAACGUCAUAAUCCCGAGGUCAUGUCUGAUUAUAAAGCUACUGGGCAUCGACCAAAGAGCGCAAUCAACAGCAGCAACGCAAGAACGGGAACAAAGUAAAAAAUUCUUGGGAACCUACGAGGACAAUCACAAGCCUUCGGCCAGUAUCAUUGACGUUUAGCCUAUUACGAGUAGCUAAAUUCAUCGAGAACAACUUGCAUUCAGAUCAGAACAUCGACUACGUAUCCCACUAUGUCUGCAUCAGCAGUCUCCAUCCAAGAUGAGAAGCUCGAGAGCUUGGGAAUGCAGAAGAUGACGGUCAAUAAAGAACAAGUCGUCAGCUACAGCCGUGGUCUCGGCGCAGCUUCCGAGCAAAACCCAGUCCUCGUACUCAUCCACGGAUACCCACAAUCCUCAUUCAUGUGGCGACACCUGAUCCCCCUCCUCCCAUCCAAUGCACCCAUCUUCGCGGCCGACCUUCCAGGGUACGGCGCUAGCGCCCCCAUACCGGACAACUCCAAGUACUCCGUCGGCUCCACCGUCCUAGCAGCCCUUAUUACAGAAGCCAAGCGAACAAGCAGCAAGCCCCUCGAUAAUUUGCCGAUUGUUCUCAUCGGCCACGACCGCGGCGCGCGAGUCGCACACCACCUCGCCGUCCAAGGCUUCCCCAGCGUAUCUAUCAAGGGCAUCUGUCUCAUCGACAUCGUCCCCACCACCAUCCAGUGGGAAGCCUCCAAAAAUCCCGCCGAAGUCGUCGGCUACUUCCACUGGCCGCUGCUCGCGAACGUGGAUCUCGCCACGCGCAUGAUCACAGCGUUCGGACCGGGCAAUUGGUGCGAGGAGAUGUGUCUGCGAUGGGCAGGUAAGACCCCUUCAGCCUUGUCGUCUUUCAAAGCAGACGACGCGCUGGCUGUAUAUAGGGGCUUCUUCGAACAGCCCCAUACGCUGGAUGCGAGUAACAAGGACUAUGAGGCUGGUGCUACGGUGGAUGUGGAGGUUGAGAAGGGGUGGAGGGAGGAGGGGAGGAAGAUCGCGGUGAAGACGCUGCUAGUGUACAGUGAGAGUUAUAUUGGGCAGAGGUAUGAUUUUCCGGAGGUGUGGAAGGGGUGGGUGGAGGGAGAGGCGCAGUUUUAUGCGCUGGGUGGUGGGGUAGGGCAUUUUGGGGCGGAAGAGGCGCCGAAGGAGACGGCGGAGGCGUUGAGGAAGUGGUUGAAAAGUCUGUAACAGCACGAUAUGUGGCCAUGGGAUCAGAAGACAACGGCUCAAGUUCUUAGGAGAACACGUCGAAAAACCUUCCAAUAUCACCUCAAAGGCUUUUGAUAUCCUAUCGAACAAGACCCGCGAUUUCCACGAGUGAUGAAUCCUAUCUGCGUUCACUACGUGAUCCCCCAACCAUGACAUG